UUGCCAAAAAGAGAAGCGCGUGGUUUAGCCGCACGGAAUUUGCAUAUUAAUAAACGCAUUCGAGGCAAAUAUAAAUAUAUAUAUAAUUAAAUAUUUUCUAUAGAGUUGAAAGUGCGUUAUCAAAUACUAUCGCUGAAGUGGCAAUAUUGGCACAACGAGCUAGUGUCGAACGCUUGCAUCGUGGGCCGCUCUUAACAUGUCGAAUACGAAUGCCAAUGGCAAUGGAGGUGUUCCGGGGCAGGAGGAAGACGAUGCUGAAAUGCCCAAUGCACCAAUGCAAAAUGAUGCAUCAUUCGAUAACAUUGUGUUUGCAGCUGCUUACCAAAGCGACGACAGCUUGAAUGAUGCAUUAGAUCAAGCUGGUCAAGAAGAAGCAGAGGCUGAUGCCCACAGCGUGGAAAAUUCACCUGAGGCUGCAGGAGUUGAUGCUGAAGGUGAUGGUGAUGGAGAUGGAGAUGGAGAUGCAGGUGACGGAGAAGCCGAAGGCGACGAAGAAGCUGCCGGUGAGGAUGACAGCAUUGCAGAAGAUGGACAAGAGGCUGGCAAUGGCAAUGCUGAUGAUGAUCCUGCAGCGGACAGACGCACGGCCACUAAAAAGGAGCUCACUCAAAUCAUUGACAAAUGGGAGCAAGAGCAAACACAAAACGGAUACGAUCCCGUGCCUACGCUAAGAAGUUUGGCUGAAAUAUUUGAGCGCGAAAAGGACUCAUACAUGCGUAAGGAUCCGGAUCCUUUGGACCUAAGACACCCCUAUCGCACCGAUCCCAGUUGCCAGUAUGGACUAUUGUUGAAGUUGCUCUUUCGAAAAGAUCAAUUUAUGGGCAAACUGCUCAACGAUUAUCUGCGUGAUAACUAUUUCAGUCGGCAGAGUAUAAGUCGCAGCUCUCUGGAGUUGAAUAUUAUUGCAUGCCGGCUCAUAUUAGUCGUAAUGCCGGGUCUUGAGACGACGGCAGUAUUCCAGACGGCCGAGGAAGAUGGCAUAAUUAAUCGUCUCUACAAUUGGGCAGAGGACAGCAUUGAGCCGCUACAGAGCUAUGCUACAGGCCUGCUGGCCGCUGCCAUGGAAGUAAGCGAUAUAGCGAUUACUUGUCGAGAACAGAAUAUGCGGCUGGUGCCCAAGAUGAUUAACCGACUGCAUAUGUUGCUGGCUUGUAGUCGAAUGAGUAAGAACACCACAACAGAGCCGAGUUCCUCACUCAAUAACUCGGCAGACAGCAAUAUCUCGCCGGGCAUGCUCAGCUGGAUGGCGUGUGGUGGUGCUGCCUCGGCUCCUCAGUCGCCGCAGCAUAAUGGCACCAGCGGCAGUGCCUCCAACAUGUCCAUUUUGUUUGAGAAUAGUCGCGAUGCGUUUUCUAUGUCACGCUAUUACAAGCGUAUGUAUAUACCACUGCAUCCGCCAACAGCAGACACCAGCCAAAUGCUCAUUAUGCGCUUCCUAACCAGCCUGGGCGAAUACCAAGAGUUUUUGGCCAUGGCCUUUGGCAAUAAUGUCAUGACGCUGAUUUUUGGACAUCUAGAGGAGUUAGACAGGCGUGACACAUGCCUCGCCUAUGAGGUGCUUAAAUAUCUGGCUUCGCUAUUAUGUCACAAAAAGUUUGCACUAGAGUUCAUAUCACGCGGUGGCCUGGAGCUGCUGUUAAAUGUGCCGCGGCCCAGUUUGGCCACCACAGGUGUCUCUAUUGCAAUUUACUAUUUGGCUUACUGUGAAGAUGCUAUGGAGCGGAUUUGUAGUAUGCCACGUCCUUUAAUAUCGAAUCUCGUUCGCUAUGCGCUGUGGAUAUUGGGACGUUGUCAUGACUCUUCCAAGUGUCAUGCCACUAUGUUUUUCAGCCUGAGCUUUCAAUUUAAGGCUAUACUCGAUGAGUUUGACUCACAGGAUGGCCUCCGCAAGCUCUACAAUGUUAUAUCGGUACUUAAGAUUCUUGACCCCAGUCAUAACGAUAGCGACAAUGGUUCAGAAAUUAAUGAGGAUGUUGAGUGCGCUUCGCGUCAGAUGGUGCGACAUGUUUGCAUCGCCAUGAAGCGCUACAUGGAAGCGCAUUUCUUCUACAAGUACAACAACUUUCUAUGUCAGCACUAUGCGACCUCUUCGUCCUCAUCGCACUACUUUAGUCAACAGCCAACGGUGGCUGCCAAGCUAACCUUCGAUCAGUUGCACGAGCAGUUGCGUACUCUUCAAGAGCACACUUCGGUACGUGGGCAUUGGGAGCCCGUGGAUCAGCUAAUGAAGCUAGGUGGCAUUACAAUGCUUUUGCGCAUCAUUGCCUUCAGUUACGAUUGGGUGAAUAAUGGGCGCUCAGAGACAGUGCGCUCCGCUCUGGAUGUGCUUAGCGUGUGUUGCGUGAUACCACGGGUCUACCUGGUGCUUUGUGAGCGUUUGCAGAUGCCGGAUAAGACGACAACGUCUGGCUUCUGUUCAGUACUAGGUGCAGCUGCCGGGGAAAUCACGGCCGACGCUGAGGUGUUGAAAUCUGCUCUGGCCGUGCUCUGCCAUUGCGUAUGCUCGCCAAUUAUACGGAAGGAUAGCAGCAGCAGCAGCCUGUUGAAGUUUGGUAACUCGUCACGCAAAAACAAAGCAAAUCAAAAAUAUGCCGAAGAGCUAAUUGAGAAGGUGUGGGAGUCGGUGUGCUCGAACAAUGGCAUUGUGGUACUGUUAUCACUAAUGCAAACCAAAGGACCCAUCACCGAUGCCGACUGCAUACGCGGUAUGGCCUGUCGUGCGCUGGCCGGGCUGGCCCGUUCCGAUCGUGUACGUCAAAUUGUAGGCAAACUACCGUUGUUUGCCAGUGGCCAGCUGCAGGCGCUCAUGCGUGAUCCCAUACUGCAGGAGAAGCGAGCCGAGCAUGUUAUUUUCCAGAAAUAUGCAUUGGAACUACUUGAGCGCAUCUCCGGCAAGACAAAGACAAAGGCGCUCACACCGCUCGACCCGUCGCUAACCAACAUGCACAAGGCAAACGUGAUCGCUCAGACGCGCAUUCAAUACAACGAACAGCAGCUCUAUCAGCUUAUUUUUGAGCAUUUGGAGAGCAAGGGUCUCAGCCAAACCGCUCAGAUGCUGCAGCGUGAGGUGGGUUUGCCUUUGCAGACGACAACGACGCGCAACUUUCAUCAGUCGCCCUUCGACUUCAAAGGUUUAUCUGGCGUCAGCUCGAUGUCGCGCAGUCGUCUAAGAAGCCGAAUGCACGAUGUCAAUGCGGCCAUUAUGUCCAAUGGCGAUCAGAAUCGCAGUCUGUCAGAGGAUAUUUCCCCGCACUGCAACACUAACACCGGCACGUCAGGGGCAGGUGCAGGAUCUGCUGCAAUAGGCGUUCCUAGUUUCAGCUAUCUCAGCGCGCAAACGCCUAUUAAGCUGCGUAAGACUGAACGUGCCACAUCCUCGGUAACACGUUCGCUGCAGAAACAAAUCAGCUUGGUUAACCAGGAGUCGAGUGCUGCGGGAUUGCCAGACGACUUGAUUGUCUCGCCAGCUCUACAUCCCAAACGAGUGACACUCAAUAGCAUUGUAACAGAGUAUCUGACAAAUCAACAUUCGCUGUGCAACAAUCCGGUAACCACCUGCCCACAGUUCGAUCUAUACGAGCCACAUAAAUGCCCGGAUCCACGGCCCAGCCGUCAGGUUAGCUCCAACUAUAAUUUGACCUCCCGGCAUUUUCGCACACAGGCAGGCUUUAAUACCGCCCGCUUCGAUCGACGUCAUGUACACACACAUUUCGCACCCUGGCGUACAAUGCGUUCAGCUGACUAUGAUGAUCUGGAGUUUACGUGCUGUGACGUUGUGGGCAAUUACCUGAUCGUUGGCACACACCAGGGCGAAAGUAAGGUGUUCAAUAUGAACGAUGGCGUCGAACAGUUUUCCUCGAUUUGUCACUCAUACGGCGUGGAUGCUAUACAAGCGAAUCGUGCCGGUGACCUGGUUCUGACCACCAGCCUAUGGCGUUUACGCACCACCAUUUUAUGGUCCAUAACAGACAACGAGUUUCGCUCUAAGCUGCGUCUCCCCGAGGUCGGAUACUGUGAGUUCAGUCAAACCACACAGGAUCGCUUACUGGGAACUCACACAGAUUGCGCUGUUCUGUACGACAUCAACACGGGCUCCAAGGUGUCCACAUUUACACCCACCAUACCCAAUCAAUACACAAAGAAUAGAGCGACGCUGUGCCGCACCGACGAGCUGCUGCUUUCAGAUGGCGUGCUCUGGGAUGUGCGCUCCGGCAAAGAGAUUCAUAAAUUCGAUAAGUUCAAUCAAUGCAUCUCGGGCAUAUUUCAUCCCAAUUGCUUGGAGAUUAUAGCAAAUACAGAGGUGUGGGAUCUGCGCACGUUUCAUCUGCUACAGACGGUGCCGGUGCUGGAUCAGCGCAACUGCACAUUUUCUCCUAUGCAUGUGAUUUAUGGUGCCAGCUUAGGGGCUGAUAGAGAUCAUGAUAUGGAGACAACCACCUACGAUACGAGCUUUAAUGUUUUGGAUGCCUACGACUAUUCGAGUAUUGCGACAAUCGAUGUGAAGCGUAAUAUCAACGAUCUGAGCGUCAGUGCAAAUGGCAGCUUAAUUGCUGUUGUGGAGGAUCAUAGCGGCUACGAUUCGAAGCAGGAGACCUAUGUGAAGAUAUAUGCCGUUGGCGUUAAAAAGAGCGAACGUUCGGAAGAGGAAGAUGAUGAAGAGGUGCCCGAAUCCAAUGAGGAGGGCUCCGACACGGGCUCCGAUACGGGUUCUGAAAAUGCAUUUGCAUUAGGUCCAACUUUCCUGGGUUUCCCAUUACGUAGCCACCGUAAUCGCAAUUUUAUUGAUAUUGAAUCCUCCAGCGAUGAUGACAACGAUAGUGAUCUAGAGGAUGGGGAUGAUGACGAUGACGACGAUCUUGAAAUGCUAUCCAAUGUCGAUGAAAUUGAAUUUGAGGGCGAUGCCAGCAGCGAUGAAUAAGCCGCCCAGUCCAUAUAAACAACCCUAUUUAUAUAUCGCUGCCUUGGCCUCAAGGCUCUAUGUUUAGAACACGUCGGGCUCGCUAUUAUCCGUCUCUAUAAAAAAGAAGCUAUAUCAUCGCUAAGUUUUGUUAGCUGUUAUAUUAAAAAAAUUUUUAUGUUAAUGUUUGUACAAAUUAAAGUGUAAAAAGCCUCAAAAAAAACAUACAACAACAAAACCAACUUGUUGAAAACCCACUGCAUACGAAAA